AUGCGAUUUUCUCCACCUAGACUUGAACGUCCAAUUCAUCUUAGCUUCGACAUUGAUGCGAUGGAUCCCUCUUUGGCACCGAGCACAGGAACUCCCGUUCCAGGUGGGCUGACGCUGCGAGAAGGGUUGCGGAUAUGCGAAGUACUCUACGCUACUGGAAAGCUUUCGGUUAUGGACCUUGUCGAAAUCAACCCACUGGUAGGCACAAAGGAAGAUGUCGAACGGACUAAACAAACCGGCGUGCGACUACUCAAAGCCGCUCUAGGCUAUCGACGUGAUGGACAUUUGCCAGUCAAAGUGCACUCUCUGGCCAACGAAGGUAUACGAAGUAGAGCGGAUAAAGAGAAAAGCACAGUUAACUGCAUCGAGAAAUGAUUGACGAUCUAUGAAAUCAAUU